AUGAAAUUAUCUAAUCUCUUAUUGUUUGCUAACGUUGGGACGUUACUUGUUAAGGCUACGGACGAGAAUAUAUCGCCAAAUGAGGAGAAUACUCCAAGAUACGCACAAUUCAAUAUUGACUACUCGGUCCUGGAUCAACCAAAUUAUGACCCUAUGGCCCCUAUGGAGUUUGAAAACGGCGAGAAUAUCACACUAGCUUUUAACUUUGCCAAUAACGAAGAAGUGCCAGUUAAGUUAAUCGCUGUGGGUGGUAAUAUUAUUAAUGCCCGCAGUGGCGAUGAAGUCGCGAACAUCACCAGAAGUAGUCUUGGUGAAAUCGAGGUGGAUGUGAACACAAGCGUUUCUUUCAAUCAAGCUAUUAAUUUGAAGCUCGAUGAAGGGGACUACUUUUUGUUACCUAAUGUCUUUGUUCUCAAGGAAGGGGAAUUAAUGGCAGUUGGUACAUCACCAUCGCGGAUCAAAAUACUGCCACCUCCCAUGUCAUUUUUCAACCCAAAGUUCUUAUCCAUUCAAGCUGUACUGAUCGGUGUCAUAAGUUACUUUACCUACUUCAUUUUUAGAUCUUCCAAGAAAGAACGUAGAGGAGUUGUAUCCAAAACUAAGGCUCCUAAGAAAGUUAAGCUCGAUGAGUCCUGGUUGCCUGAGAAUCAUCUGAAGAAAUGA